CUGAUCACUCGGGAGUGCUCAACAACUCCAUGGUUAGGCUUGAGAAACGCUUCGUGCUAGGUGGCGGCGUGUUUUUGUGGUUCUAUUCGCUACUUUUAUAUAUUAUGUUCUCUUUGUAUAUCUUUUAUACUUUAACUCCAUUCAGAUUCACAACUAUCAAAGAUUAUCCUCACACUUCAACAAAUGCCUAUUUCCAUCAUCCUAUAACAAGUAUAUAUAAUAAUACUUGCAAUUUGUUCGAUGGUCGUUGGGUUAAAGAUGAGGACGGUCCUCUGUAUUCAAAUCUCAGCCGUAAAUCUAUCCCUUUGAAUAGAAACUGUUUGUUAAAUGGAAGGAAUGAUAUGGAUUAUCUUUACUGGAGAUGGAAACCAGAAGGUUGUCAUCUUCCACGGUUUGAUUCCAAAGCCUUUUUGUGCCAUGUUAAAGGAAAGACAAUGGCUUUCAUUGGUGAUUCAUUUGGUCGUAAUCAUAUUGAAUCUCUUUUGUGCAUGUUGUCUACGGAAGAUAUUCCAAGAGAAGUAUACAAAGAUGAGGAAGACAAGUUCAGGACAUGGCAGUUCCCCCAUCAUAAUUUUACCCUCUUGUUCCUCCGCUCAAAUUUCCUUCUAUUUGGCAAGGAGAGAAUAAUCAAUGGUUCAUUCACUGGUGGAUUUCACUUACACAUGGAUAAACUAGACAAUAACUGGACCCAAAAGUUACCUAACAUUGAUCUCGCAAUUUUUUCAGUCGCACAUUGGUUUUCACGACCUAACUACCUAUACAAGGGCGGAAAGCUUAUUGGGUGUGUAAAUUGUGGGGAGCCAAAUUUGAAAGCUUUUAGUCCUGGUUUUUCCAUCCGAAAGGCCUAUAGAGUUACUUUUGAAUAUGUUAAUGAGUCACGGAAAGGGAUUGUAGUGUUUUUGAAGACGUUUUCGUUUGCACAAUUUGAGAAUGGGGGGUGGAAUAGGGGAGGCUUUUGCAAUAGAACGAAGGGGUUUACUAGAGAAAAUGUAAGUUUUGGAGGAGAUGGUUGGAAAUACAGGAACAUUCAAGUUGAGGAAAUUGAAAGAGCUAAGAAGUAUGGGCAAAAAAGUGAAAAUAAGUUUGAGAUUUUGGACGUGACUAGAAUGAUGUUGAUGAGGCCAGAUGGUCAUCCAGGGGAGUUUUGGAAAAAUAAAUCCAGAAAGGGGUACAAUGAUUGCUUGCAUUGGUGCUUACCAGGUCCUAUUGACACUUGGAGUGAGAUUUUACUGCACAUUAUGAUUGGGAAAAAUGUUACUCCCAUCACUCGACUCUAACUCUAUAUCCUUGCAUGUAACUAUAUCCUUGCAUCUAACACAA